AGCACGGUGGUACAUUUCUCACCUGGUACCUCUCUGACGUGGUUCCUCUCUCACCUGGUACCUUUCUCACCUGGUAGUUCUCAGCUGAGAAGAACUACCAUGGCGUUUCCGAAGUACCUCUUACUGGGUCUCGCGUUCCUUCUGUCAGCUGGGCCGAGUCGAGGCUUCCUGGAAACCGCCAUCGGGAAAAUGUUUUUCAAGAAAUUUACCGAUGUCUUGGAGUUCCCGAGCGUGAAUAUUUUUAUUUCGAGUAAAGCUGGAGACAAUCAACUGCCCAUGGACGUCCUGAGGAGCCUGUGGGCCAUGAAAGGGUACAGCGUGGGCGUGCAGAAGGUCGCAAACAGCCAGGACGUGAUCCGGGUACUGCAAGCAACUUCGGUGGACUCGCUCAAUGUCAUUCAGCUUGAAGACGAAGCCGAUUUCAACCUGCUGAUGAUGAUCACGCGGGAGCCCAUCGCUCGCCGGUACUCGUGGCUGGCCCUUGGCGACGUCGAGCCUAUCGUGGAGGGCGAGUUCCGCCUGAGCCUGCCGAUCGACAACCUGAUGACUUUCGCCAGCCUACGGACAAUGAACGUCUCGGACACCAUUAUGGAGAAAGUGAUCGUGACGGAAAUCUACUCCCUGGCUGAGGACUUGCCCUACAUCACUCGGAUCCUGGCGGAGUGGUACGGAAGGGGCCCGCUCAGACUCCCCCUCGAAGGCUGGAGUGAGAGGCGCACCAACCUCACGGGGCUGCACCUCAGAUGUGUCACAAUGCCGCAAGAGCCCUUUAUCUACGUGUCCGACCCAAACGACCAGCUCAAAGUGCAACUUCUAGGUGGCUAUGCCAGAGACGUCUUCAAUGCUCUGCAAGAAAAGUUGGGCUUUACGUACACGUGCCGGCUGCCCCCCGAUUACAAGUGGGGGUCCCUGGAAAACGGCGAGUGGAACGGCAUAAUGAAGGAGAUGGUGUCCGGUCGCGCGGACGUCGUGGUCACUUCGCUCGACCAUAACAGCGCCCGAGCGAAGGACGUCGAUUUCGUUACCGGGCUUCGGAAAGUUGGGUACAGGAUGGUGACCCGCCGCCCUGGCCUUAUGGACGAGACCUGGACGAGCUUCACGAGCGAGCUCCUGCCGACGGCGUGGGCGGGGACGAUGGCCUUCGUGAUCCUGGCGCCCCCUUGCCUCGUGUUCUGCUCGCGCCUCUCGCCCUCAGAGACCGAGAAGGUCAGCUUCAAGGAUGCCUAUAUCCUGGCCAUCGGCGCCUUCGCUAUCCAAGGCUCGUGGUUGGACGUGCGUAGCCUGUCGACCCGCAUCGUCUUCAUCACCAUUUUCCUGGCGACGCUGGUGGUGUAUGCCCACUACACCAGCGCCCUCGUGUCCCUCCUCACCGUCGCCUCCACCAGCGUCGGGUUCUCCAGCCUCCAGAGCCUCCUCGAAGAUGGCUCUUACCAGUUCGGCUUCAUGAGUGGCACUUCGCUCGAGGACGAGUUUAGAAACGCCAAACAACCAAUCAUCCGCGACGUGUGGCAACAGCUGAUCGCCCCCAACCCCGAUAACUUGGCCGUGUCCGAUCGCGCCGGAGUUAAGAAGGUAAUACAAGGCCGGUACGUUUACAUGAUGGAGGAAAACAUCUAUCGAUCGAUGUUUCCUAACCAGUGUGACACUCAGCUGCUCAGAGGCCAAUACUUCACCACGGAAACGGGCUUUGCUGUGCCAAAGGGAUCGCCACUCAAGGAAAUCUUUGACAAUCAGCUGAUGCGCAUGCGCGACGGCGGCGUGCUGAGCCGGUCGUGGAAGCGCUGGCAGCCGCCGCCGCCCCUCUGCACGGCGCCGCCCGUCGUGGCGCUCAACCUGCACCACCUCUUCACCGCCUUCCUCCUGCUGCUCCUCGGGGUCGUCGCCGCCCUGGUCUUCCUCCCGUGCGAGAAGUUGCACUGGAAUUUCGUCGGGAAGGAGAAGGCGCAGCGGCACGGACUGUCGAAACCUUCCAUGGGCGCCCUGCCUCCCGCCGAAACCAGACUCCGCCCCGGGCCCUUGGGCGGCGUCUGGCACAGUAGCAGCAGUGCCAGUGCCAGGGGACCCGCCAUGCUCGAGGACCCGGACCCGACUUCCACGGCCUACCCGGCGUUCCAGGGCGCGACCUACGGCUUCACCUAAAGGGAAGGAGACGGCAUUUGGCGGAACUAUUUCCAAGGUGUAUAUCGGUAGUUUAAUGUUUUUUUGUCUCUCUCUCUCUCUCUC